AACCAAGUAUCUUCAGACGAGCCUGAGGCUCUCUAGCUGCUACUAUUUACUCCAGACAAAACUGGACAAAGGGAGAAUAUCUAGCAAAGGAAGUCCAAUCCCAGCCUUUAGAGCAGACCUGUACAAAGAUCUUUCUUAAAAACAUUUCUGUUGGAAUAUUCAAUGACCAAGUAGACGCUACUGCGCCUGUGCUCAGGUGAGAGCCGACAGCUCCUCCCUGCUAAAUGCAUAGGUUUCUUCUCCAAGUGAGUUUUGCAAUAGAAGAGCUGUCACUGUGAACAGGUGGAAACGAAGUAAAAGCGCCUGUCUGCUUGUUCCUGUUGCUGCAGCUGGCUCAGGCACAGGAGAAAAGACAGCAGGGAGCUGGUAGGAUUUAUCUUCAAAGACCAGAAACAUGCACUGUGCCAUCCUAAAGGCGGAAGCAGUGGAUGGGGCUCAUCUGAUGCAGAUCUUCUGGCAUGAUGGGGCAGAGUCCCUCUACCCAUCAGUAUGGCUGAGAGACAACUGCCAGUGUUCUGAAUGCUACCUGCAUUCUGCAAAAGCUCGGAAACUUCUCCUGGAAGCUCUCGAUGUGAACAUUAGAAUCAAAGACUUGACAUUUGACCGGAAAAAGGUUUAUAUCACAUGGCCCAAUGAGCAUUACAGUGAAUUCGAAGCGAACUGGCUGAAGAAAAGAUGUUUUUCCCAACAGGCCAGAGCAAGACUCCAAGAAGAAUUGUUCUUACCAGAAUGUGAGUACUGGGGCUCAGAGCUUCAGAUGCCUACUCUGAACUUCGAAGAUGUGUUAAAAGAUGAUGAGCAUGCAUACAAAUGGCUGUCCAGCCUCAAGAAAGUAGGCAUUGUGAGACUCGUCGGAGCAGCUGACAAACACGGAGAGAUCACCAAACUUGGAAAAAGGAUUGGCUUCUUGUACCUCACAUUCUAUGGACACACUUGGCAAGUGCAGGACAAAAUUGAUGCCAACAAUGUGGCUUAUACAACUGGGAAGCUCAGCUUCCACACUGACUACCCAGCUCUCCAUCAUCCACCUGGGGUUCAGCUUCUGCACUGUAUAAAGCAAACAGUCACAGGAGGUGAUUCUGAAAUUGUAGAUGGGUUUAAUGUAUGCCAAAAGCUCAAGGAGAAGAAUCCUCAGGCAUUCCACAUUCUGUCCUCCACCUUCGUGGAUUUUACAGACAUUGGAGUGGAUUACUGUGAUUUCUCUGUUCAAUCUAAACACAAGAUUAUAGAGUUGGAUGAUAAAGGCCAAGUGAUUCGCAUCAACUUCAAUAAUGCAACCAGAGAUACGGUCUUCGAUGUCCCCAUUGAAAGAGUUCAGCCUUUCUAUUCUGCUCUGAAAGAGUUUGUGGACCUCAUGAGCAGCAAAGAAUACAAGUACACUUUCAAGAUGAAUCCAGGUGAUGUGAUUAUCUUUGACAACUGGCGCUUGCUCCAUGGACGUCGUAGCUAUGAGGCAGGAACUGAGAUAUCCCGCCAUCUGGAAGGAGCUUAUGCUGACUGGGAUGUAGUAAUGUCAAGGCUUCGUAUUCUAAGACAGAGGGUCAAGAAUGGGAUCUAAAUUUCCUGACCUUAGAUUUUAGUGCAAGGUCAAUGACUGAAUGUUACUAGUUAUAACCUGGUUAUUCGUUUAUUGUAAUCAACAUCAUUUACAUGUUAAUUUAAAACUGAACAUGCGAUUUCUCUCAUCAGAGUAUUCUUCCUUGGAAUCACAUUCAAUGUCAACUUGUUAGAUGUCAUGAUAGGGGGCCGUUUUAAAGCAUCCCUUCUGUGGGAUGUGUGUUCUGACUUCUUUUGCUUUCAAGGGUGUCACCAGAACACCUGCAGAUAGUUUAGUAUCAAACAACUCUUUCUGACAAAUAAAGCUUUAUAUAUAUACAGCUUGUGUUUUAAAUAAAAGGUGCUAAAACAUG